CCAAUCAGAUCAAUCUCCAACAUUCCCAUAUCACUUCUAUUGCAGGGCCGUACAGUAUGAAGCACCAAAAGUCCCUUUGUCAUAUCCAAAAGCUCACGCAGAAGCUGCACCGUGUCCUGGAGGAACAUCGACCGAGUAUAAGCCGGGCCCGUUCCGAUUCGAGUGCCCUCGGGGAUCCUUUCGAGUGGGAACGCGUUCGGCGAUCAGCUGCCCCAUCGCCAGAAGCAUCCCUUGGUGGAAAUGACGAGCAGUUUGAGGAAGGCAUUCCCGGAACGGUCCGCAAGUCGCCAUGGACAGCCUCUCCCGGAUCCAUGAUCAGCUGA